AUGAACAAUCUCAGUGCAAGCUCGAGUGGAAAGGAGGAGACUGCGAAGGUCUUGUUGAUGGGAAGAGCAGGAGCAGGAAAGACCAGCAUGCGCUCCAUCAUUUUCGCAAAUUACCUUGCUCGGGAGACCACAAGGCUGCAUCCGACCAACCAAGUGGAGCACAGUCAUCUGAGGUUCCUCGGCAAUAUGACCUUGUCCUUGUGGGACUGCGGAGGACAGGACGUCUUCAUGGAGAACUACUUCGAGAGCCAGAAGGACCACAUUUUCCGCAAUGUGCGUGUGAUGAUAUAUGUUGUUGCUCUCGCUGGUAACGACCAAAGAGAUGCCGAACAGCAGAAGGAAAUCACCUACUUCAAGAACUCUAUGGAGUCUCUGCGGUCCCUAUCCAAGAGUGCUCAUGUUUACGUCCUUCUCCACAAGUUCGACCUCGUGCCGGAGAACGAGCGGGAGGCUCGCUUCAAAUAUUACUCCGAGCUGCUCUCGCCGUAUUUCGCUGGUAUGACCACUCAGAUCUUCCAGACCAGCAUCUGGGACGAGACACUCUAUCGCGCUUGGUCGGAGAUCGCUCAUUCGCUGAUCCCCAACAUGGACGAGCUGCAGAGAGAGCUGGCCAAUUUCGCAAGUGCUGUGGAGGCUGACGAGGUGGUCUUGUUUGAGAAGUCUACCUUCCUGGUCAUUGCCAAUCACACUACGAAGCAGAUGGCCGACCCGCAUCGGUUCGAGAAGAUAUCAAAUAUUGUGAAGCAGUUCAAACUGAGUGUCAACAAGCACCACGCUGCCCUUCAACUCUUUGGACGUCUCCAACUCCAACUUUCGGGCCAUAUUGAUCGCUUUACGCCCAACACGUUCGUCAUGGUGGUCACUUCUGAUCCGAAUAUUCAUCCGGCUGCUACCACUUGCAACAUCAAUGCUGCUCGCAGCCACUUCCUCGCGGUAAGACCCUGUACAGAUUCCUAUGUGUAG